AUGGCGAACGAUGCGAACGUCGUUGGACUGCAAGACGUGGGCGAUCCUGAGGCUGCGAACGCGGUGCCCCGAUCGAGUUCUUCCAGCGCGGAAGCUUCGACUCGGGCUGCCCCGGCGUGGACGAGAGACGGGGUGCUGCAGCUGGACACCGCCGUCAAGUGGAAAGGCGGCCGGAAGAAGACGGUGAGCUCUAUGGAGUGCGCCCAGGCUUCAUACGGCCCAUGGGAUCUGACGACGGGUUUGGCCCACCAGCACCGCGUGGCGGGCAGGCGCGGCCGUCCGCCAAAGGAUCCGCGCAAGUCGGAAGAGGAGGGCCUCUAGUCCGGGAGAGGUGGCUCGACG